GCGCUGUUCUACUCAGCCACCCACCGACUUUUAUAGCAAAUAUGACCGAGUCGAAGACUAUGCGGCUCCACCCCCACAUUCCAUUCUUUACAUGGUGUCAGAGACGAGCGCAGCUAGCCACAUACCCCUUUUUCCACCAGGAGCGCAAAACAGUCUCAGGCUUGCGCUCGUGAUAUCAGCAGGAUGGGAGUAAAGGCGACACAUCGAUAUGGCAUCGCGCGCCAGAAGCGGGCGCACUAUUUCCUACCAUCACAGACCAAACCUUUCUUGAGCUAUUCUAUUUAUGUUUGUGGUACCGAUUUGCAUAAGGUUCCGCCCCCCAUCGUGAGAAAGGUGGCUGGUACCGCCUCCUGCUGCCAUGUAAGAGAAGAGGGGGCGGAAGCCAGGAGUGUCUUUCUGGUGUCGUUUAUAGGGUACAGUCACUUCCGCUAUCCACUUAGAAGUGGCGUGAUCAUGGCGGAGCGUGGUCAUCUCCCUCCCCCCACCAAGCACCUCUGCUGCAGACCCGGCUAUGGCUCAGGGUGCAGGCCAGGCCAGCGGGUGACCAGCACUGGACUCAGUAGUGGGGCGCUCUGCGCCGGAUCCUCCUCUGCAGCUGCGGCUGCUGCAGCUGCUGCUGCUGCGGCUGCUGCAGCAGCCGCAGCAGCAGCAGCCGCUGCCGCCCUGGGGCUGCUGCCUCUCGGCAAAACCCAGAGUCCCGACUCCCUACUGGACAUUGCGGCUCGCAAGGUGGCGGAGAAGUGGCCCUUCCAGCGGGUGGAGGAGCGCUUCGAGAGGAUUCCAGAGCCGGUACAGCGUAGGAUCGUUUACUGGUCCUUCCCCCGCAGCGAGAGGGAGAUCUGCAUGUACUCCUCCUUCAACACCGGUGCCGAGGACCCCGCCAUCACCCCCGGAGUGGCUACCGCCGGCACUGCGCCCGGUGGGGGCGCGGACAACGCCGCCGCCGAGAACCGCCUGCCCUUCCGUAGGGGUAUCGCUCUGCUAGACGGCGGCUUUGUCGAUAACGUCUUGCAAGUCGCUAUGUGCCAGUUAUGAUUUGUGAUGCCCUUGAGAUGCAUUACCAUGCUGUUCUCUGAUGAGGUAGCAAUAUGCAUCCAGUCUUUGUUGCUUUGCCCCCACUAUUGAAGACCAGGAUGUCUAGAAAACUUGUGAUGUAAGUCACUACUUUUUUUUUUUUUCUGACUUAAUUCUGCAAAUGUGUAAGCAGACCAGAGGAGCAUAGACUUCUAAUAGUAACUGAAGUGUAGAGAAUUCCUUUGUGGUAAAGUCAGAACUCAUAAAAGGCCAGCUGUAAGAGAUGAUCAAUUGUACAAAAUAAUUUCAUGAAUUGUGUCAAAUUAGGAAGACCGAAGUGUCUCCUAAUGUGUGCUUUUUACCAAUGCUUUAUUAAACCCUCCUGAAAAUUUAAAAAUAAAGUGUGAAAGAUAGGAAUCUUUAGCUGCAUUUAAAGUAUAUUUUAAGAUAAUUGUGAUGUG